AAUUUAAUUUUCCCCAACAAAAAGUAUGGGCAAUCCAACAAUAAGAAAUUGUGACAAAAGUGGUGCACUAAUUUUCCUUCCACGUUAGGAAAGUUCCUGAGAGAGAGCCGCCACCGUUGGCCGCUCAACUGAAACAACGCAAAAUCUUUGAUUUGACCUAAACCUCUCCCUCCGUUGGAGCUCGUCGACCGCACUUCUUCUCACUUUUUCACUCACUUCACAAGGACUAGACUUGAGAGAUAGCAAAAGGCAUGGCGAUCUUCAUUGCAUCUCGUCGCCUCUCGACCACGUCCUUGUUGCGCUUCAGUGCUUGCUGGAGAUCGUUUUCGACUUCUUUCAGGGAAGAAAGAGACACGUUUGGACCGAUCAGUGUUCCUUCUGAUAAAUUGUGGGGGGCUCAAACUCAAAGAUCGUUACAGAAUUUUGAGAUUGGUGGUGACCGGGAACGAAUGCCUGAGCCAAUUGUUCGUGCUUUUGGCAUCCUUAAGAAAUGUGCUGCCAAGGUCAACAUGGAAUAUGGUCUUGAUCCAUCCAUAGGGAAAGCAAUUAUGCAAGCAGCUCAAGAGGUGGCUGAAGGAAAGCUAAAUGACCAUUUUCCACUGGUUGUGUGGCAGACUGGUAGUGGAACCCAAAGUAAUAUGAAUGCCAAUGAGGUUAUUGCAAAUAGAGCAGCUGAAAUUCUUGGCCAUCAACGAGGUGAGAAAUUUGUGCAUCCAAAUGACCACGUAAACAGAUCACAAUCUUCUAAUGACACAUUCCCAACGGUGAUGCACAUCGCUGCUGCAAUGGAAAUAAAUUCGAGAUUAAUACCAAAGAUGAAACAUUUGCAGGCUUCACUACAUUCCAAGUCAGUGGAGUUCAAAGAUAUCAUAAAAAUUGGGCGUACUCACACUCAAGAUGCAACACCUUUGACUUUGGGGCAAGAGUUUAGUGGCUACACCACACAAGUGAAAUAUGGAAUUGACCGAGUCCUGUGCACCCUUCCUCGCAUGUAUCAGCUUGCGCAGGGCGGUACUGCUGUAGGGACUGGAUUGAACACCAAAAAAGGGUUUGAUGUAAAGAUUGCUGCGGCAGUAGCUGAAGAAACAAACUUGCCAUUUGUCACAGCAGAAAACAAAUUUGAAGCACUGGCUGCACAUGAUGCUUUUGUUGAAACUAGUGGAGCCUUGAACACAAUUGCUGCUUCCCUGAUGAAGAUUGCAAAUGACAUACGGUUGUUAGGAAGUGGUCCGCGCUGUGGCCUUGGUGAACUCAUUCUUCCUGAAAAUGAGCCUGGCAGCAGUAUUAUGCCUGGGAAAGUGAACCCUACCCAGUGCGAGGCCCUUACUAUGGUUUGUGCUCAGGUCAUGGGAAACCAUGUUGCCGUUACAGUGGGAGGAUCAAAUGGCCAUUUUGAGUUGAAUGUUUUCAAGCCUAUGAUUGCUAACGCUCUUCUACAUUCGGUGAGAUUGAUAGGGGAUGCAUCUGCUUCUUUCGAAAAGAAUUGUGUAAGGGGAAUUCAAGCCAAUAGGGAAAGGAUUUUAAAAUUACUGCAUGAGUCGCUCAUGCUCGUCACAUCUUUAAACCCUAAAAUUGGUUACGACAAUGCUGCAGCAGUUGCCAAGAAAGCCCACAAGGAGGGAAGCACUCUGAAGGAAGCUGCACUAAAACUUGGAGUACUGAGCGGUGAGGAGUUCGACAAACUUGUAGUUCCAGAGAAAAUGUUAGGUCCCUCAGACUAACUAGCAUGAUAUGCUUUCAGAGUUUGUGAUGAUCCCUAGUCCCCCAAAUAGUUUUCAUGAGGUAUCGUUUCUGCACCAUUUUCCUCUAUCUGGUGCUGUAGGUAAUAAUGAUCCAAUGUCCUGGGAAAACUCUAUUCUUGAGGUUUUUCCCUGCUUAGCUUGUCUUUUGGAUCUUUUUAAUGACAUGGCUGCUCAUUUGGGUUAAUAUUGAGAUAGCCUCCCACAUUUUUAUGUAGAAACAGUGGAGGAAAUUAUUUGGAAGAGGUCCAUAGAAAACUAUUCUUAUAAAAUCCUUUGAGAACUUCUCCUUUUGUUUACCUAUGCUUCAUUGCUGCACGUGUAAACAACUUAUAUACGCAAUGGAGAUGCAUUUUUUGAACUCCUUGAACACUACGAAGCCACAAUGUAGGAGACUUGACCAUCUACAACUAGUCCAAUAAUAGAUGUACCUCCAAACAUCAAGGAAAAACACAUUUCACUUGUAUUUCCACAAGGAAAAUGAUUUUUCCGUAUACAAAGGAGAUGUGUUCCCAAAUUUCUUCGUGAACAACCCCGAUUCUAGACAUCCCUGCAUAUUAUCCUAUGUACAUUGUCUUCAACACACAAGCCGAUGUUGAAAUUCAUGCGACAACCUUGCAGUUGACAUGCAGUGGGUCCCACAUAGCCGGAAGAAGGAACUUUCGGCCAUUGACACCAUAAGCAUUAUAACUUGCCUUGCUCAUUUUAUCCACCUUCAAGUCACCCGGAUACCCCGGAUAAGCUCCGUCACCAAAAAUCCCUGGACAUGCCGUGAUGGCCUCCAGUGGUGCCAAGGCAUCGCCUUGAAAGUAACCAGACUUAAAUGGGUUGGUGGCGGCUCCAGCAAGAAUCGUCGCGACGUUGAUAAUAAUCCCAUCAGACCCGAUCCCAUUAGGUGCCACAAGGGCCUGGCCUGGCGGGCCAUAAGCAGGAAUCGCAUAUGGCCAUGAACACAGCCCAGGGCACUGCACAUGGGGGUCUCCAACAUGUGCAUAGACGACUCUCCUCUUUGCCAAUGUCAUGAUUCCUCCAUGAAAACCGCAUGAAUCCAUGCAGAAUCGGUCUACAGUCACAUCUUUAGAAGUCAAAACCAGAUAUAUCCCACGAGGAUCAUAAGGUAAUUUUCCUGUGUCUAUCUUGUUUUUUACACAGUUGUGUAUUUGGGCGCGCUUGAUAUGCUUCCCAAGUGAGUAUUUUACAUCACCGAGCUGUUUGGUUAGUUUGACUGUUCCGGAGACUGGGUUUCCGGACUUGUCCUUGUAGGAUAGAAUCGUAUUCCACCACGUCAAAACGGUGGAAUUGAUUCCCCUAGGAGGGGCAAAGGAAGCAAAGAAAUCGGUGAUGGGUGUUCUGUCUUUUUUGUAGAAGGUUCCGUACCAGAUCAGAUAGAUAUUGAUGCUGCUUGGUCCAGUCAGGAGCGGACCACCAUGGUAAUUCAGUACGGUGGAAUCAGUGGAUGGUGGUACUAAAGAAGAAGGGUGGUUGAGAUUAUGGUUGAGCCCCUGUGAAAAGGGGGUUAUAGCCAAGGCAAUAGCCAUGGCCAGUGGAAGAAGAAUAAGAAGAGACUUCAAGCGCAUUUUGGCUAGUCUUUGGUUUAGGUUGAUUUUUGUUUGU